UGUCUGUCAAGGUCGUUCCAAAAUGUCAAAUUUCGUGCGAGUGUAGGUUAAGUUUGCCGUUUUUAUUUUCAAUAAAAAUAAGUCGCGAUUGUGUUUAAGUGGAAAUAAUUUAGAACUGCAUUUUUGAUAUUCCGGAAAAGGCCACAACCAUGUUUUUGACACGAAUUCUACUCAAGAAAGUUAAAAGCAAGAGAGUGAUGGUACAAAUGGAAAGUGUAAUUAGUGGGCAUACUUUUAAUAAAAUUAGAGAACGAUUAGGUGAUAAAUUAGAAGUUGUUCGUUUUGAUCCUUACAUCCAACAAGAAAGUGUCUACAAAGAAAAGAAGAAAGUUAGGAGCGUGUAAUUCCAAUGUCUUUGUAAAUCUAGUAAUAAAAUGGUCGUUAAAAAUUAACAA